AUGGCGAUGCCACUGAUGAAGGAGAUAAAGAGGAGAGCAACUGUGUUGAUGUGUUGCUAUAUUGCUGUCUAUUUCAGCCCCCAUUAUCUCCCCAUGGAUAACUUAUCUUCUACCACUCCUACUGAGCUUUUAUCGACUACUACCCCGCCAGCUGCGACAAACCCUAUACGUGCUCAGUGGGAUAUCGAUAACUGCACUAUAUUGGGAAGGAUGUUCAAUUUCAUGGAAGAUCAAAUUUAUCAUAUGUUCCUUUAUUGCGAUACAGUUCCGAGUUUGUGGCAAACAUUGUCACAGAUGUACGCUCAUGCACACAAUGAUGCCCGUAUCUUAAAGCUUUACCAAGAUAUAGCCCAGGCCUCUCAGUCCUCUCUUGGCCUUUCUGUAGCUGAAUUCUUUGGCUAUCUUCAGGCUUGUUGGGAGGAACUUGCUCAAUAUGAGCUUUUGACUAACCUUCCACCAGAAGCCGCCUUCCUUAUGUCCAAGAGGCUUGCUCGACAGCACACUUAUCAGUUUCUCAUGGGUUUAAACUCUGAAUUUGAAUCUCUUCGAAUUCAGAAUCACAACACAUCACCCAUGCCAUCUCUUUAUGAGGCUUAUGCCACUAUUGACAGUGAUGAGCGUCACCGGUGA